GAUUCGCAAGUAAAAGUUAAAUCGUACAUGAAAAUAAGUCCAGAUGUUUCCAAACGGAAGUUUAAAGUUAUUCACUUUCCUGUUACUAAUUUAUUAUGUGCAGGGGCUCGUUGAAUAUAAAGUGACGGAUCAGGUGUUCUUUGAUUUUAAAAAAGGCGAUAAAGAUUUAGGUCGCGUCACCUUCGGCCUUUUUGGUGAGAUUGCACCGAAGACGGUCCAAAAUUUUAAGACUAUUGCUAGUGAAGGUAUUAAUGGGAAAACUUACACUGGAACUAAAAUUAUAAGGGCUGUACAAAGAUUUAUGAUACAAGGUGGAGACAUAGUAAAUGAUGAUGGAAGUGGAUCAAUCAGCAUUUUUGGACCUACUUUUAAAGAUGAAAACUUCACAAUUAACCAUACAUGUUCAGGAUUAUUAGGAAUGGCCAAUUCUGGGCCUGAUACAAACGGUUGUCAGUUCUAUAUUACAACCAUGGCAGCACCUUGGCUGGACGGAAAGCACGUAAUUUUUGGAAAAGUACUUUUUGGACACGGAGUAGUACAUAAAAUAGAACACAUGAAAACAGACGUAAACGACAGACUUAAACAAACAGUAAUCAUUUCGAAAAGCGGAAUUUUAACGACCAACACAGAGUUUUAUGAACCAGCAGAAAAUUACGAAUUGUCUUUGUGGGGGUGGAUAAAAGCAGGAUGGAUUCCACUUAGUUGGUCAUUUCUUAUUCUGGGAUUCUUUCAUUAUUUUAUAGUGAAGCUUGAUAAAUUAAGCCCAUAAAUUAGAUUAAAUUUUAAAUAAUUCAAUUAUAUUUCGCUAUAUAAAUUUGAAAUAUAAUUUU